AUCUUUUAGAACUUCCAACUGGCCCCAUUCUUUUUCUCGUCAGCCUCUCUUUCUGCUCGCUCGUUUUAUGCGCAACUAGACCCUCAGCGGUGGACUGACUCUGAACUGCAUCUUGCCAUCCUCCUCCUCAACGCUCUCCUUUUCUGUGUCGGCCCGUGUAUCCUGCGGUUAUCCCAAGACCCCCGCCAUCGUCGUCCCAACACUCGUCCUGUCAUAUCGUACAUAGGUAUUGCCACAGUCUUCCGGCCGAGGUGCGACAAGGCCCAUUGCGACGACCGUUGCGCGACAGCCUCCACGUCAACAUGUUCAAACCACGGGAUAUCGAAGCCUACCGGCGCGAUGAGAAACUCGGCCACAAAAUGCUUACGCCCGAAGGGAGGAUAAGGCUGCUCAAGCCCUAUCUGCCUUCGCCCCCUUUGCACCCCUCGGAGCAAGCCAGCAAACGAGCAAUGGAAGAGCAACAGAGGCUAGGAGUACGGCGCUUUUUGAAGACGCACUGGCACCUCCUGGUCUUUACUAUCAUACAUGCUCUGUUCUCGCUCUACAUCCGAAUCCGCCAAGCAUACCACCAAGUCUUCAACAAAGUGUCUUCCAUCUAUCACCACCACCACCGGGCGCCCGAUCUGAUUUACAACGAUGUCAAGGACCUGCGAAGGCUACCAAACCACCUAAGUGUUAUCUUGACCUUGGACGAGGACGCUAGAGGCGGUACCGGCCUGGCCAAGCUGAUUGAGGAAGCUUCGGACAUUGCUGCUUGGUGCGCAAGUGCCCGGAUUCCUCAGCUGUCCAUUUAUGAAAAAACCGGAACAUUGAAGGGUUAUCUUCCUCGCGUUCACAGAUCCAUGACACAAAAGCUUGCCGCAUACUUCGGACCGAACACUCCCGGCAUUGGGAUUAGAGCACCUCACUGCCCUUCGAUGGAGACAGCCCCAACUCUUGCCGCAAGCCGUAGCGAGAACGAUGGCAUCAAGCAUCUCUCUGUCAUGAUUCUAUCAGCGGAGGACGGCCGCGAUUCCAUAGUCGAUCUUACCAAAACCCUCGCUGAUAUGUCUCAGCGGGGCAAGAUCUCGACUUCGGAUAUCACAAUUGAACUAGUCGAUGCGGAGUUGAGCGAGAGUGUCAUGGGCGAACCGGACCUUCUUCUGUUGUUUGGCCCCCGUGUCGAACUGGUUGGCUAUCCCCCAUGGCAAGUUCGCUUGACUGAGAUCUCUCAUGUCCAGGACAAUGAGGGGGUCAAUUAUCAGGUUUUCUAUCGGGGACUUUUGAAGUAUGCCGGCGCACAAAUGCGCUGGGGAAGGUAGAACCGAGCGGUACCAGGUGGUCAGUGGCUGGAACCCGAGUGCAAUCGACUUAAUCGGGUGACGCAGUGGUUGGAUUCAAUUGGCGGUUAACACAUGAGGUUUAUAGAUUUACGACUCUGCAAGCAUGCGAGCGGGGAAUAUUCAUCUGUUUAUCAUUAUUCUAUCUGAUGCAUUAGAAGUUUCCUC